AUUGCUAACUGAAAAAAAUUUUUAAUCCCUGACUCAAAUUUAGCUAUGCUUAUAUAGUUGUCUUAUACAGUUUUCAGUUCCAGCGUGGAAGGAAAUGGUAUGCGGAACAGUGUUGUAUGUUGCUGGGUGCAGUUUUGGCUGGCUUAGUCCACAGCCUGGGAGACAGAGUAGCAUGGGAAAUGAACUGGACCUGUACACAUAGCUCGGCCAUGUCAGGGGUAGAAACAUAGUUGCUCCAUAACACGACUUACACUGACUGCAGCUCCUCUGCGGAUACAGAGCUUUAUUCUCUUGUCAGCUGUGUAGUCUUCCAAAAAUGGAGUUAAUCUGGAGGGAAUUAUAAUGGGUUGCUAAUUGGUGCAGGUAUGGGAUUCUUUAGUUUUAAAAAAAAAAAAAGCACAAGGUGGAUUGACAGGACAAAAAAUAAAAAUCCAGAUUUGUGUUCAGUUACUGUGUUCAACAUCCCACCCUGAUGAAUCAAUAACCGGUCAUUAAAGGGAUGUACCUAUGGUCCCUUAAAGAAAAGUAAUAUAACUUGUUUGUUGAAUACAUGAUUGUCUACCAGUUCUAGUAGAUGUUCUACCUCUUGGUCGCCUUUCUGGUGCGGAAGCUGGCGUGGGAAGGAGGAUGCAGAACAUAGCACUGUUGUGGCCCCACACAAGGGCAGCAGAAGCAGAAUGCUUUCUUUGAUGGCUGACAGUCCCAAGAAGACAAGACAGGAUAUAUGUAGCUCUCUUGGUGGUACAUCAAGUGUUUAUAAUCUUACAGCGUUUUCAGCAGGUUUUAAGCUAAACUAGUUUGGUUUUGGAGGUUUUGUGUGGUUUUACUUUGAUUGAUAGAAGGGCCAAAUAGUGAGAUAGUGUAAAGUGUCAAGGUAAUCCUGUAAAAUGUGGGAGUUUUGAAGUUAGUGUCCUAUUACCUUGCACCUGUACAAUUGGACAGCUAUAUACUGAUAUAUGUAUAUCUAUAUACCUCUAUAUAUUAUACAGACUGAUAACUCCAUACUGCAUUUCUAAGUUUAAGCAAAAGUUUAAAACAUUUGUAUGGGUAUUGAUUGCUCACUGUUUUCAAAUCUUGUCUACCUCCAUAAAUGCUCUAUUAGAGACCUUUUAUAUGGCGUUAUACUUCUUAACGCUAAGGGAAUUUCCCAAAAUUACAGAUACAAUAAAGAUUAAAUUCGAGAGUAUUAAGCUACCUAAUGUGUGUCCUCACCUCUAAUCUGGAGACAAAUCCAUCACAAGUUUCUUCUAAAUAAAUGCUGCUUUUCUGUGUUUAAAAUGAAGCUAUGAAAAUUAGUUUGCUUAUGCCUUGGUGGUAAAUAUUUAACUAAAUUCUAGGGGAUUGUUGUAUUUAGACAUUAAAGUAUGAAAUACCAAUAAAUUAAAAUACUGCUUUAGUAAACUGUAACAGAAUACAUACAGGAAAUCAGCAAAGUACAUUCCUGAUUACUUGUUCAGGUAAUCUGGUUGUGCUCAAUACAGUUUUAAAAUUUCUAGCCCUUAAUGCCAAGUUUUGGUGUCAUUGUAGCUGCAGUGUGGGUGGAAAAGCCAAACCAGAAAUGAGCAGAUCUAACUGUAAGCUACUUUGCAUGUUGUCAAUUGACUAUAAAUUGCAGCAGUCAUUGACUCAGCGGAACAAGCUACAUAAUUCAGGUAAGAGACUCGCAUAUUGCUGUAUCUAGCAACAGAUCUUCACUGAAUAUCAAUAUUUUUGUAAAUCAUCUCUACCAGCUAUUCAGUAACAGUGCUUCUGUAGCUCUUUAAUGAAUCAUGUUUAAUAUGAUCUCUUAUUUAAUAAGGUGUAAGAUAAAUGGAACAUUAACUUCUUUUUUAAAUAUCUUCAGAUAUUUUCAGGUAUUAUUCAUCAGUCUUAAAAUAGCACAUCUUGUUUCCUUGGAUUUUACUUUCGUCUGAAGAUUGGUUAAAUGCAGAACCUGAUGGAUGGCAAAAGCUACCGUAACCUCAUGGACAAGUUGUCCAUCUGUGCUGAGACUCAGUGCAUACAGCUGGCUAGGCCUUUCUGUGCCGACCCAGUGGUCGCGUUUCACGUGUUCCCAGAAACACCAAACCAGGUCACUUGCUCUGAAGAUUUAUCGUUCCUUCCUUUUGCUCCUGAGCAUCUCAUGGCAGAGGACUUCUACAGUGAGCCCUGCGCCUUUCCCUACCAAAUGCCCCAUUCCACUUACCGCAGAAGUGAGUACUCCUAUGGGCCGGCUUUCAUUAGGAAGAGGAACGAGAGAGAAAGACAGAGGGUUAAAUGUGUCAAUGAAGGCUAUGCUAAACUGAGGCAUCACCUACCUAAGGAAUACUUGGAGAAACGGCUCAGCAAAGUAGAGACGCUCCGUGCUGCAAUAAAAUACAUUAGCUACCUACAGUCUGUUCUGUACAGUGAUUCUGUGGUGGCAGAAAAAAACGUCACGGAGCCAAGCCAAGCACCUAAAGCCAUUAACAAACAAAACCAGUUUUUGAAGACGAUCUAAACCAUUCUGAACUAAGCAAAAGGUAUCCUGUCUGGGAACCUAGUAGCCACUAUAUUGUUAAUGAUGUACAAGUUCCUGGCACACCUUAGGAGCAGAUCAUAGCACGCGUCAGCAUCAGCCUACAGAAAAGUUUUAAUUUUGCAGAUAGUAACGGCACUUAAAUACGAAAAAGACAAGUGGGGAAAUAUCAUCGAAUGGUCUAAGUUAGUUAAUUCAUGGAAAUCAGAAAACAUUUCUAAAAUUGUCACCAAACCAAAAAUGUGUGUGAAGUAGCUGUAUGUAUCAUCACAACCUGCAUGCUUUAAAAUAAAAUCUUUCCACUGAUGGGACUGAGAUUCCUCUCAUUUUCUGUAAUGUUACUGGUUUACUCUCACAUGUAUUUUCUUAAAAGAUUUGUGAUCUAAUUGCCAGUAUUUCCCUUAAACGGU